CCCACCCCCGCCCCCGUGCUGCUUCCUUUGAGUCUUAAGCGCAAGAAGUAUUUGGAGAUGAUUCCGCACUUGUUCCUCACAGCUCUGACUGAACUUGUAGAGGACCGCUAGGCUUCUGCUUGCUGAGAGGGCAGGGUCUAGACCCAGCGUGAUCAUGCCAACUGACUGGACUUCAACCCUGGAAGCUACAUCACUAGCCCCAGAGGAUCCUGGGAGCUCAUGUGAGGAAUUAGUGUCCUUCAUGGAUGUGACUGUAGAUUUCAGCAGAGAGGAGUGGCAGCAUCUAGAUCCAGCUCAAAGGAGUCUCUAUCGGGAUGUGGUGCAGGAGACCUACAGCCACCUGCGCUCAGUGGAAGAACUACAGCAGAUUGGUGACCAGAAAAAGACCUACCAGCAAAUAGGACAUAAGGCAGCGAGUGAUAUGGUUUUCAUUAAGAAGACACUGGAUGCAGAGAGUCGCUAUGACUACUCAGGUGUUCGGAAGGUGAUUCAUGUGAACUCAUACAUUGUUCUCCCCCCCAAGAGGCCAUGUCGAUGGGACCCACCUGAGGAUGAGCUGAAGCAUAAUUCAGAUUUACAGACUCAUAAUGAAAGUAAUGGGCCGAAGAGAAUGAAAAAGAUUACUGAACAUGGUAAAAUUUCAUCCUGUAUCAACACUGAACAUAUUCUAACAGGAGAGACAUUACGGGACCAUAAUCAAUGUGGAAGAGUCCUCAGCUAUAAACAAAUACCUUGUCAAUAUCAGAAAAUUCAUACUGGGGAGAAAUCAUAUGAAUGUGCUGAAUUUGGAAAGAUUUUUACCCAGAAGUCACAGCUCAGAGUACAUGUGAAAUCUCCUACGGGAGAAAAACUCUACGUGUGCGUCGAAUGUGGGAAAGCGUGUUCUCAGAAGUCAGAAUUCCUCACACAUCAAACAACCCACACUAGAGAGAAGCCCUAUAAAUGCACUGACUGUGGGAAGUCCUUUUUCCAAGUAUCUUCUCUUUUCCGGCACCGGAGGAUUCACACUGGAGAAAAGCUCUACGCCUGUAGCCACUGUGGGAAAGGCUUCUCUUACAACUCAGACCUCAGGAUACAUCAGAAGAUCCACACAGGAGAGAAACACCAUGGCUGUGUCGACUGUGGCAAAGCCUUCACACAAAAAUCCACACUCAAGAUGCACCAGAAGAUCCACACGGGAGAGAGGGCCUAUGUGUGUAUUGAGUGUGGCCAGGCUUUUAUCCAGAAGACACACCUGGUCACACACCGAAGAAUUCACACUGGAGAAAAGCCAUACGCAUGUGACGGCUGUGGCAAAGCCUUCCUUUCCAAGUCCCAGCUCCUGGUUCACAAGCGAAUUCACUCAAGAGUGCGGCCCUGUGUGUCUCCCGACCGUGGGAAACCCUUCAGCAGCACUCCCAACCUCCUUACGAAUAAGAAAGUUCAAGUGAGAGAGAAAUCGUCUAUCUGCAGCGAGUGUGGGAAGGCCUUUACCUACAGGUCGGAGCUAAUCAUUCACCAGAGAACUCACACGGGAGAGAAGCCUUAUCAGUGCGGGGACUGUGGCAAAGCCUUCACCCAGAAGUCAGCCCUCACCGUGCACCGAAGAAUCCACACGGGGGAGAAGUCGUAUGUGUGUGUGAAGUGUGGGCUGGCUUUCGUGCAGAGGGCACACUUGGAUGCACAUCAGGUAAUUCACACUGGAGAAAAACCUUACCAGUGUGGUCACUGCGGGAAAUUCUUCACUUCCAAGUCGCAGCUCCACGUGCACAAGCGGAUUCACACGGGGGAAAAACCCUAUGUGUGCAGUAACUGUGGGAAGGCCUUUGCCAACAGGUCAAAUCUCAUCACACAUCAGAAAACUCAUACAGGGGAGAAAUCCUAUGUCUGUGCAAGGUGUGGAAAAGCCUUCACUCAGAGGUCAGACCUGGUUACACACCAGAGAAUACAUACUGGAGAGAAGCCAUACGGGUGUAGCACCUGCGGGAAAGCCUUUACCCAGAAAUCACACCUCAAUAUACACCAGAAGAUUCACACCGGAGAGAGACAGUACGAAUGCCGAGACUGUGGGAAGGCCUUCAACCAGAAAUCGAUACUCAUCGUGCACCAGAAAAUCCACACGGGGGAGAAACCCCACGUGUGUGCCGAAUGCGGGCGAGCUUUCAUCCGCAAGUCCAACUUCAUCACCCAUCAGCGCAUCCAUACUGGCGAGAAACCUUAUGGAUGCAGCGACUGCGGCAAGUCCUUUACCUCCAAGUCACAGCUCCUGGUGCACCGGCCAAUCCACACCGGCGAGAAAGCUUACGUGUGUGCCGAGUGUGGGAAAGCCUUUAGCGGCAGGUCGAAUCUCAGUAAGCAUCAGAAGACUCACACUGCGGAGAAGCCUUACGUGUGUUCGGAGUGUGGCAAGUCCUUCAGGCAGAAGUCAGAGUUGAUCACACACCACAGAAUCCACACUGGGGAAAAGCCUUACGGUUGCAGCGACUGCGGGAAAUCCUUCACGAAGAAAUCCCAGCUCCAAGUGCAUCAGCGAAUUCAUACAGGAGAGAAGCCGUACCAAUGUGCCGAGUGCGGGAAGGCCUUCACUGAUAGGUCCAAUUUGAAUAAACACCAAACAACACACACUGGAGAGAAACCUUAUAAGUGUGUAGUGUGUGGGAAAGGCUUUGUGCAGAAGUCAGUGCUCAGCAUGCAUGAGAGUGUUCACACCUCGCCAGUAUGAGAAAGGACCUAUUGAGGACACGUCUUACUGUAAUUACUGUCUCUAUGGGACAGAAUGACAGUGUCACACAUUACUGCUCAGAAAAGGAUCUCAGAGAAGACACUGAAUGGGAUUAUGGGGCAGGACAUUUCUUUUUGCUGAGAAGAAAUUGCAUCAAUCUGACACAAUAGAAGCUUUCUCAUGGCAAAAAACACUGGAACAUUGUUAUCAAGUUCUUCACAAGAAAGAUUGUGUCCACUCACGUUGAUGCAAAAAUCCUGUUGGUGGAAUAUGUCUACUGCCAGUAAUUAAGUGGUAAUAUAAUAUAGUGUACAUGACAGGGACCUUCUCUUCUGUCAUGUGUUUGCUGCAAACAUUAACAGACCUGUGGGUGUGUCUGCCUUCUUGAUUAGGUCUAACAUAACUGGCACAUCCGGUCCUUCUGUUGAGAGACAUACAUAUGGGCCUGGGUAUGGCGUUUAGUGCCAGUAAUUCCAGCCUUCUGGGAAAGCUGAGGCAGGAGGGUUACCAUGAGUUCAAGGCUAGUCUGAGCUACAGGGUAAGGCACAGUAAAGACAUAUCCUGACACAAACUUGAGAGUGUAUGUGGCCUUCCUGUCAUUUACACCAGGACGUGUCACAGACUUUAUAAGCUACCAGUGCUAUCUUUGUCAAAAAAAACCAACAUGUCUCCUACCUCAAGUAUCAUGUCGUUUGAAUUUUCCUUACCCCCAGGAAGGCUUAAAGUAAAAAUGUUGAGAUCACCUGGGUCAGAUUAAGACCCUUG